UCUCAUGGGUAUACGAAGCAUAUCAAAUAAUUCAGUCAAAUCAAAAGCAGAUAAGAUGGAAAAUUUCAAUCACAAUGAAGAAUGGAGUGAAGACGAAACGUUUAUUGUUGUUGAUACCUACAAUGGAGAAACAAAAGAUGGAAAGCGACAUGGACAUGGGGUAUAUUUCUACCCAAAUGGUGAUAUUUACGACGGCGAGUGGAGAAAGUCCCAGAAAUAUGGUUACGGUAUAUACAUUUAUUCGGAUGAAGAAAAGAUAGAAGGCUUCUUUUACCACGACGAAUAUAUUGGCAACGAACCCAAUGAAAAAAUGAGAAAGAGAAUGACUAGAAAGAAAAAAUACACUGACAAUGGUGACGUUCAAUUUUCAACUAAAGAAAAAGUCAAAGAAAGUUUAAGAGUAUUUAGUGAUCACCUCCCACCCAGAAUAAAGCCUGAUGGAGCUCAAGAAAGACGAGAAGCAAGUAAGCAGAGGAAUGCCUGGGUGCGUCAAAAGUACUUUGGCGAAUCAUAAUACAAAUGGACCGGGAGUAAUUUUUUCUUAUUUUCUUUUUUAAAAUUUCCAACAUUUGGUCGUCGUAAAACGGUGUUAAAUGUCGUGUUCGUCUGUAAAAUUUUGGUGUAUUGUACAUAUUAUAUUAUUUGUAUAUUUAUUUUAAAUUCAGUAAAUUUAGCAUUAUUAACAGGGGAAAUAAUACGCACGAACAAUCGCACGGUUACUUUAGAGAUAAGGGACCGCCUGUCCAAUACGUUAACGCAAAUGAUUGUAGGAUUUAGGAAUUGAAAAUUGAACUGAGACUAGGUAAGGGAAAGGAGAAAUAAAAAAAGUGUUGUCAAAAUCGACCUCCUGCGCGAUGAAAUCUUUUUUUCUAUUGAUUAGCUUCAAAUUAAAAGGUGUUUAUCAAAUAUUCAACUUCAACAUUUCUUCGCCCCCGUACAAUCUUGCAGCUAAAAUCUGUGGGUCAUUUGCAAAAAAUGCCCCUCCCCCUCAUUUCCCCAUUCAAUGUUUGGCUUUAUUUCACACAGAAUAGCUGUGUACCUUUACAAGAGCGCAGCAACAUUGGAGAUCAAUAUUGAAUGGGGGGAAGGGAGGUUGAAAGGACAAAGCGGAGCCUGUCGCCAUAAAUAUUAAGCUGUAAAAAUUGUGUUUUUGUACGCCGUCCCAUUAAUUUCUGAUAUUUUGACAUAGCAAUAAUGCGAUAGCCUUUAUGCCUAGUUUGUUUAUAUAGCAUAUAAAUUAAAUAAGACGACUUUGUAUUAUAUUGUGAACCAAUGCAGGAGGGCCACAUAAUAAAAAACUUCCAACGGCUAAAAGACAUGUAUGAAAUUUCUUAAAUUCACGUGUUCCACCACCACGUUUUUGUAAAGAUAUCUUGCUUUUUGUCUUUGCGAUGAUAAACAUUUUGAGGUUCAUAAGAAAAAGGAGGAUAAGUAAUAAGCUUGUGAGAAUAGCGUCCAAAAAAUGUAUUUUAAGGGUAAAAGAUAUUAUUUUCAAGAUAAUUCCCAAAAUUUCGGUGACCACAAAAAAAUAUACAAGUCUACGCUUAGUGAUUGAUGU